UUCACGACCAUGUUUAGCAUUAGACACCGAUAUUGUUUUUCCGGUGAAGAAAAAGAUACCGAUGGAUUCAUCCCUAAACUCAGCACACCAACAAGGAAGGAAAGCAGACAUGUUGCUGAAGUCAAGGAAACCAGAGGAGGCCAUCUUUUGUCAUAGGAGAGCUGCAGAACAUCUGCUACAAGCAAUGCAGUUAACUACUUGUAUGAAAGCCAAAGAUUCCAUAUCUCUCCAACAUCAAUUCCAUCUCCGUCAGCAGGAUCUACUUCAGGAACGCCUCAGCAAGUUACAGGCACUCCAGAUAAAGAUAUCUAACAAGAAAGACUUAACACAGAGUCAAGGAACACAGACCGACUUUCUGAACCUUGAUGGCUCACCGAACAGUAUUGAUGCUGCAUCUCAGGCCCUGUCUGACACCGACUCCAUGCUCGAAUACCUUAUCAAUCGAGAGAAACAGGAACGUGGGGAUGUGUCAAAUCAGCAACAACCAGAAGAGCACAAAAUAGUGCAGAAAGUUCCAAGAGAUGAUAAAACAAUUAUCAAAGAACUGACUGUUCAAAAUGAUGAGUUACGGAAACAUGUUCAUAUACUCAUAAAGGACUUAGAUGAAUGUAAGGGAGAUAAUGAGUUCCUGCUUCAAAGAGUACUGACUGCUGGCAGGCCAGAUAGAGGCUCAGAUAAUAAAGAUAUAUUUGGGAGAACUGUCGAAGAUGACAAGUCGCCAAACUUUGAGUUACCUCCCCUAGAACAACCUCAUUUUGACUUUGAUUCGAUUGGCAUUCCAGUAGAAGCCUUAGAACACAGUGUCGAGGAAAAUGGUAUUUUUUUCAGUGAUUAAUGUUCCGAAAAUUAUUACUGCUGGAGAUUUAAGCUUCCAAGCAAUUUUUUUCAUGAUGAUUUGUCUUUAUUUACAACACUGAGAUAUCAUGUUACAUGUAUUUUUAUGUUCAAGUGGUAACCCUUUGGUACCAGGGUGUUUUUAACUAUGUGUAUAGUGUAGGUCAGAGAAGUAAACAAAAAAGGUGAAAUGAGUGAAAUCCCCACCAGUACAGGGUUUGUUAGAUGAUAUCCUAUACCUCCUAUUUAUAUAUGGCCGUCUAUGAAGGGACGUAUUGACUGGCUGGGCAUUGACAGUGGUUUUUCCAGAGCAUCACUUCUUUGCUAAAUAUAUGCUCCGUCAACAUUUACCAUACUUUAUCUUGGGGAAGUGCAAUGUCGCAUGCUGACAUUGGGUCUCAAGCAACAAGAUAUACAGAGUUAUAGUGAUUCUUUAUUCAUUUGUGAUAGUAGAGUUGUCUGCAGAAUAGCUUCUUACUAUUUCGCCUAUGUUCACAAAAUUUGCUAUACAUGUGUCUUGGGAGGCGCGACUGAAGUUAGAUCUUGUACUUCUCUAUAUACAGAGUAAUGGCCCUUUGUUUAUUUUCCUACCAGGUUUACCAUACUAUGGUUUGAUAGGUGUAUAUCGUUCCACUCAUAUCACAUGGUACCCUUGUUAUUAUUACAAUAUGCAAUGAAAUUCAAUGUUUUAUUAUUUCUUUGUUUGCUAAGUAUGGAAAACUUUUUUACAUUUAACAUAGCAUUCAUUAAACACAUCAAAUACAUUAAUCCAAGUAAAACCAGUGUUCUGAUUAUACUAAACUCAGUUAACAUCAUCUAGGAUGACUGGAUACCAUCAAUUACAUGGUACAGUGACUGGAUACCAUCAAUUACACGGUACAGUGACUGGAUACCAUCAAUUACACGGUACAGUGACUGGAUACCAUCAAUUACACGGUACAGUGACUGGAUACCAUCAAUUACAGAUAUAGAAAUAAGUCUACAAAGCUGAGGUUAGCUGGAGAAAAACCAGUCUUUCAUCAAACUCACUACAUCGCAGAUAUUAUAUGAUGUCUUCAGAUUUAGGAACUCACUGUUGUAAAGUCAGGUUUUAUUGUACAUGUCACCAGUCUUUCAAAAAGUACCCGGUGUAUAUUCAUUUCAAUGUCGUAUUAUUGUGUUAAUGUUUGAGGGACCAAUUUUUGUUAACUAUGAUAUUGUAAAUUUUUAACCACUGUUAUAGAUGCUCAAUGGAUGUUUUGAUGUCAUUUAUUUGUACUGUGUAACAUGUUAAACUGUGGAAGAUGAUUAUGAAUUAUGUUUGUCAAUAGCAUAUACAAUCCUUAACUUGAAUCUAUGGCAAUUAAAUGGUGUGAAAGAUUCCUUAAUUAAUAAUAAAGCUAUUGUUUUGAUUU